UUCUCUCUAACUCUUUCCCUCAUCUAGAUAUCUCGCUUCCGCGCGGAGGAUCGAUCGAUAUUUCGUCCUGACGGUGGCUAUUAACAACACGCGUACUUUUCAUUCGCCCCCUCUUACUCCAUUUUUCACGCUACGAUUGCUUCCAAACGUAACGUAAGGUGUAACCCCCUCCGAACCCCCUAUUCCGUCGUCGAUUCUUCCAUCAAUGUCAGGUAGCGCAUGGUAGCCCCGCGUAUCCUGCAUCAUCGGUGGUCGAUAUCUUUCGAUAGCUCCGACUAUAAUACACCCGGCUCACUCUAAUCCGAGGUCGCGGAUUUCUUCGUAUAACAUCGCACCAGUCGGUGCUCGAUUUUUAUCGGGUCACCUACGAGAGCCACCCACUCCGUUUCCGCCAGUUCCCAAUCUAUCCUAUGACGUAUCCUUUCUCAUAUCUUGCAGCCUUUCCAUCCUGCCGUAGUCCGAAGCUUCUACGCGGUCGCGUAUGCGUCUGCAAACAGUCAAUAGGAAGUACCAUCGAGGCACACAAGUACCAGAAAGAGACGAGCAUAGCUCGGAUAUAGAGACCGUUUCGAUUUUCAUCGAUAAUUGUACAUAUAACACUGGAGAACGAAUUGUUGUCGAUUGUUCCUCGAGGGAGAAAUCGAUCUCAGUAUUUUUACGGACACAGCAGCGCAAGCACUGUUGACACUAAUACAAUUAAAUAACGAAGAUAACCACUGUUGUGCUACCAUUAUUGUUAUUGUUGUUAACAUUGUUGUUACCCCCGUUGUUGUUAUAUUAUCCGCUGCGAAAUCGCAGUAACAGUGACGGUGACAACGGUCGCCGAAAAACUCAUGAGUUUACGUGAAGACGCGUAAGACACACGGGUUCCUUCAAAUCGUGUCGUUAAUUUAAAGUUAUUGACAGAGGAGAAGAGCGAUACACGGGAAAGGAAAUAAACAGACGGCAGGAAGUGGAGGACAAGUGGCACGUGGGGUCACGACGUAUCCCUACGAGAGCAAACAAAUAAAGAGAGAGUGUGCUGAGGAUCUCAAUUAAAUAUAUCAUCCGCGAGAAGGGUGAUCGAUUUUUCGUGUAUCCGUCGAGACCCACGGGAGAAUGGUAGUCGAAGCCGCGACAAGAAAUGGGCACGAGCUGGCACCUUUAAACGACCGUCGCCAACCCGCCCAUAACGUGACGAUCGUAACGACAGGAAGUCAAAAUGUCACCGGCGGCCAGGAGACGAAGGAGGAGAAUAGGGCGGCAUGGAGUGGGAAAAUGCAAUUCUUUCUCAGUAUUAUUGGAUAUAGCGUGGGUCUUGGCAAUAUCUGGAGGUUUCCUUAUCUGUGCCAACAAAACGGAGGUGGUGCCUUCCUCAUUCCUUUUUUCGUGAUGCUCAUCUUAGAGGGCGUACCCCUCUUCCUGAUCGAGCUGGGUCUCGGACAACGUAUGCGACAGGGUUCCCUGGGCGUCUGGAACACUAUACAUCCUUGGUUAGGAGGUAUAGGAAUCGCGUCAUGCAUAGUUACGUUUUUCGUUGCGCUUUAUUAUAACGUAAUUAUUACUUGGUGCUUCUUCUACCUCUUCAAUUCGCUCGAGGCUGUCACCAUCAAAUUCGGUGAAUCACUGCCGUGGGCAAAAUGCCCGGAAUUGGACGGGAAACCGGUCGAGGAAUGUGCCAGGAGUUCGGAGACCGCAUAUUUUUGGUACAGGACUACCUUAGACGCGGCACCGUCGAUCGACGAUGGCCAAGGUCUCAAGUGGUGGAUUGUCCUUUGCCUCUUGCUCAGUUGGAUCAUCGUGUUCUUCAUCGUCAUGAAGGGCAUACAGUCGUCAGGCAAAGUGGUAUACUUUACGUCCAUGUUCCCGUAUCUCGUACUAACCAUCUUCUUCAUCCGCGGGAUAACAUUGAGAGGUGCGAGCGCCGGACUGGCGCACAUGUACACACCAAAGGUCGAGAAACUGUUGGAGCCCACGGUCUGGCUUGACGCGGCGACCCAGGUCUUCUAUAGCUUCGGGCUGGCGUUCGGUUCCCUGAUCGCGUUCGGCAGCUACAACACCCCCAACAACAACUGCGUGAGGGACGUGAUCCUGGUGAGCGUGUGCAACGCGUUUACUGCCAUUUAUGCGAGCGUUGUCAUUUUCGCCAUUUUGGGGUUCAAGGCAAUGUCAAACGUGGACAAGUGCGUCGUCAGCGCGAAGAAUACCCUGGUGGAUCAUGGGCUAUUGGAUAACUCGACCUCGUUCGAUCUCGAAGACUACGAACUCUUUAUGAAAAGCUUCAAUUCUUCGGAAAUAAAAAAUUCCACGAUAAAAUCAUGCAGUCUCAGCAAUGAGUUGGACAGCGCUGCUGAGGGUACUGGAUUGGCUUUCAUUGUGUUUACACAGGCGAUCGUGGAAUUACCAGGUGCGCCGUUUUGGUCCUGCAUUUUCUUCCUGAUGCUUUUGGCCCUCGGUCUGGGCUCACAAAUUGGAAUACUUGAAGGCAUGCUUUGUGUAAUCUUCGACAUAGAUCUCUUCAAAAGAAUAAAGAAGCAAUAUAUAACAGGUGUUGUCUGUGUCGUUUGCUUUUUCGUGGGGCUCAUCUUCUGCACCGGUGCUGGGGAAUAUUGGCUGAAAAUGUUUGACAGCUUCGCCGGUACCAUCGGCCUCGUUAUGGUCGCUCUGAUGGAAAUGAUCUCCGUGAUCUUCGUAUACGGUCACGAAAAAUUCACGAAGGACAUCGAAGAGAUGACAGGAUACAGACCGGGAAUUUAUUGGCAAGUCACGUGGCGAUUUCUCGCUCCCAUAAUAAUGGUUUGCAUUCUCAUAUCAAGCAUCGCCUCUAUGUUCAUUAAGAAACCGCAAUACUCGGCAUGGAAUGCGACAUUGGGUAUGACAGAACCUGCGAGUUAUCCCACUUGGGUGCUGGGCAUCGCGGCCGCCAUAAUUGUCGCGGGUAUCGCGCCGAUUCCGCUCGUUUUCCUCUUACGACGAUUCCAGUGCGUGAAACUCGACGUGGAUAUUCAUCAAGGCAGUAUUCGUCGUAUCGAUACCACCGUUUCCACCAAGGAAAUGAUGGGCGACGUUGACCUUGAUGAAUAUCACGAUCGGCUCGAGGACUUCCCGGAAGAGGACGAGGACAUUAAUAGCGACGACGAUACAAACACUGUACCGGCCAUGAGCAAACUCGCCAAGAAAGCAAUGCAGGGUAGGGCUUUCAAAAUGGAAGUAAUGAACUUUUAAGAGCGCAUAAUAUCGGUAUGACUCGUACUGUUUGUUUGCGAACCGCAGGCUAAAGAUAUCGGCAAUGAUUAUAUACAUAUAUAAAGACUAACUAAGGUUUAUGCUAAAUUAUAGUCAAUAUCUUUGCGAGAUAAGCUCACUUCAUACAUCAUCACAUAAAGAAAUAGACACAUAGAUAUUUACGAUACCAAUAAUUAAUUUGCGAAGACUUACGAGAGAAAUUACGUUUCAAUAGAGAAUAAUCCGUGUGUUAUAAGCAAAUUUUCGACAAGAUUGAAUUGUUUGUUUUAAAUCUUUAAUUUUAAAAAUUUCUCAAGUUUGGUCUUUAUAUAUACUACAGUCAUUGGUGUGUCAGGCUGUCGAAGCCGUGCAUCCUUAAGAUGGAACGUAUCGAGCAAACAAACAACGAACGGAAUGCGCGAAUGCUCAAAUUUACUUGAAACUUCUUUGUUGUAUCGAGAUGAUGAGCGAAUCAGACCAGAUGCAAAUGGACCACUAACGAGUAUUGCGCUUGCAUCCAGUAUGAUUUAUACAUCUCGAGAAAAAUUUAACGACGAAAAUUCGCGUUCGUCGUUGGUUUGGUCGAAAAGUUGGGUAUGUCGAUCGCGAUUUUUUCGUAUAUACGUAUACUUUAGAUAGAUGUAGGGUGAAUUCGUUACAAAUCGAGCUCAAUCUGUCGGAUCGAGGCGCCAUUAGGAGCAAUAUGAUAAUACGAAAUAAGUUUUAGGAAGGUAUAGAGCCGCGAGAGCGACCAAUUUGCGCCGCGACGUGCUUUACCGUCGUUUACACGCGCUUCCGGGUAAAAUCGCGAAUCAACAGAUGGAAUACGGUAACAUAUAUAGCAGACGAGAAAUAGCAACGAGAGAAUAGAGCGUUCUGGCUUUUUAGUCAUCGCGUGAUGCGGAGACGAUCUGACGCGGGAUCGUUGAAUUCGUCCGGAUCAAUUCGUUUUUAAUUGAACGGCGCGAUUCUUUUCUUUUUCUUCUUGUUAGAACGUAGUAGUUUGAUCUUUCCAAUGAGAAAAACGUCGGAAAGACUAGACAAUAAAAUUGAACGUAGUCGAGUUGUUAGUCAAAUAUAGACGAUUUGUUUACUGCUCUCUUUACACGAUCCAGAAAUGGAAUGUGUAUGCUUUCGGUUCCUCCGAGGUUCUACCUUUCGCGUAUCAUUGCAGCCCAGACAUGAUCGACCUUACAAAAACGUUCCAAAAGAAAGAAUCUCGUAUACUAAACGGGUUAAUGCUAUUUCUCUUUUAUUAUUUCAUUAUCUAAAUAUUUUUGCUUAGUAAAGCACUUUUGAGAUACUUUUUACGGAAAAGAAGAGAAACCAAAGAGAUUAAACCGUAUAUAUAUUAUAUUGAAAACACUUAUAAAUAUAUAAUACGUUUCCAAACUUUUAAAAACGCAUAUAAUAUAUAUACAUAUAUUCUGUAUGUGUAUUUGGUUUUAAAAAGUUAAUUAGUUUAAUAUUUCAUGAAGAUUGUGAAAGAUUAUUUUUGAAACACGAUUACGGUCGAUCAGAUCUGCAUUAUUCGAUCUCGUUAAGCAAACAAAUUAUGUAUUACGAAUAAUAUUACGUAAACGAAUUACGUCACAAGUACGAGCAAAUAAUAUUUUUAAUUGGCAAUUAGAUUAUGUUCCGCAAGAAGGUAUUAUAAUGAUCCAAACAGGCGCUAAGUUGGCUUAACUGUUAUUUUUAAAUUUCACUCGUCAUCAGCUGACGGAUUAUAUCGUUAAGUUAACAAUUAAAAAGCAUCGAAGUAUAAUACGUGACGCGUUCCUUUACUAUUAAUUUCGCCAGAAAAAGAUGUGAAUAUUUUUGGCGUCACGCGGUGCCAUUAUACGAACGUGACAUUUCGAUAAAAUACAUUACCGGUGCAGAAUAUAUUACUAUAUACUGGUAUCGUGUUGUGUAUCUCGAGAAUACGGGACCUCCGCUAUUCCAAGAUAGAUUUCUCUUUCGCGAAAUAGCCCUAUCGCCGGGCGUUGUUUGGCUGGUCCAGCUAUUUUGAAUACGGAAACACUGCGUACCGAUUCCGCUUUUAGGAUAUAAUCAACGAGCGAUCGGUAUGCCAAGUUCCAUCUCCUAAGGUCUCGUGAGACGGUGUGAAUUUCGAAUAACCGUAAUGUCAAUAAUAAAGAGAUUGCGAUCCGCGCGAGAAUCGCAUUUGCUGUGCAAAUUUCGCGAAAUAUCUUUUCGUGUACAUGUACGUUACGAUCUAAGCUCGGAAACGCCAUUGUGAUUAUCCUCUGUCCUAUUUAUAUUGUACAUACUUUAAACUGAGAUCAAUUAACUGGACAAAUCAAUGAGAACGUGUACAAUAUCGUGAGUAAUUCGCGAACACAGACAAAAUAGACAUUAACGGUCGGUGCUGUAAAAGCGAGUGCGAGUCGAAAAGCGCUCGUAUCACAGGGAAAGUAACAACGGUAUGUAAAAUAGGAGUCCUAGGAGCGAGAGAUUAUUAUUAUUAUUAUAUAUUAAUGACAUUACGAAUUCGAUGAAAACGUAACGCGUGUGUGCCAUUGUAAAUAAUAACUCGGCGUUUAUAUGCCAACCGCAUCUAAAUUAAUACCUCGUAAAGUACCUAUUUUUUGAAUCGCUUAGGAGAUAGUGUUACAAAGUAUCGUACCUAUUUACUUUCUUCCCUUUUUUCUACGUGUAAAAGCGUAUGCUCUUUUACUUCGUGCAUGAGGGACACAAACUUUUAGAAGCUAGUCGUCUAAACGUGGGCGUAUGUAAGUACACAAUGUGCGAAACGUCCCCUUCCCCUCCCCCCCCCCCUUGAUAUGUGAGUUACACGAUAAGCAAUACCCGUUCCCAAGGAGUUGACGAGAUAACGUCAAUUUAACGUAAAAUAUAUGACGCAGCAAAAGCACACCUUUUUCAAAAGCCAUUAUACCCUCUACAUAUUUACACAUAUUUGCGUUUACAUAUUACAUUUAGGGUAAGUCCGGGGGUGAUGGUCGUAAGGAAGAGAUGGUCAAUGAAAAAAUUUUAGAGAAUUAUUCAACAGGCACUGACUCGCUGAUGCGCUUCCCGAGUUACUCAGGAGAACACGCAAUCGCAAUUUUUGGAAAAAAAAAAAAAUGAAAAAGUAAGUUAUUUUCUUGUUUUUACUUUAAAAUUUUUUCGUUGACCAUCUCUCCCGUAUGGCCAUCACCUCCGGACUUAUCCUACAUUUAAAAGAAAUCGUACCGCGAGAUUAUACUAUGUCUGAUUCUACUUUUUACUGCACAUUAAAUUUUACGUUUUUUUUUUUAAACGCUUAUUAAAAUGAUGUUUUUCUUACUUUGUCGAGAAGAAACUUGGGAAUGCUACCGUAUUUACUGUACAAGUAUACCCUGUAUGUAUAUCUCGAUUAAUUUCAACAUGCAGGACGUGCUACAUCAAAAUUUAUUUUGCAAAACUUGUUGCACUCUCUUUUGCCAUUCUGUGAGCCGACUGUUUAUUUCUUCAAAAUUGACACGCGAACUAUUAGAAUAUACAAAAAGAAACAAUAAUUCUAUAGUGCAAUUCUAGUAAACACAUACAUAUCGAGAUAACAGUCACAUAAUCUCUCAUGAAGACCAAGAUCAAUUAAAUAUUCUAUGAUAACAUUUUUCUUUUUGUUUUUGUGUUAAUAUUUUUACGCAGAAAAUGAAGAGAAAAACUCGAAAUAUUAAUAUCAGCUCACGUGUAUUCAAAAAAUUUUUAUCUUGCAGAAUUGCCAUGUUUCUGCUCGAUAAAUAUGAUGGAAUCUUUUCACUUUGGAAAAACACGAUACACACACACAACAUUUAGUUUUAUACAGCACACAUUACAAGAAUAUAUUUUUAAUUCAAAGAUUGAAUAAAAUUUUCAUUUUUUUUUAAAUUUAUUCAUAAUUUUUCAAAUUUUAUCAGAAUCAAGAAAGCACGAACUAUCUGGGCUAAUUUGAAUAAAUAAUUGAAAUACGAUAUAUUUAUAAUUUAAUUAUAAAAUAUAAUUAAUUAUUGAAAACAUGAUUAAUUUUAUCGCAAACAUAUUAGUAUUGUUAGAAAAUAAACAGGUGCAAGGGAGAAAAUGCUUCCUCCUUAGAAAAAAAACACGACGAAUUAUGUCUCUCGAAAACUUUUUAUUCUUUCUUUAUGAAAAGAGAUAUCGCGUAUCGCGUAUAUCUCUGCUGCUUCCAAAAAUCGAGAGAUUGUUUGAUUUUGGAAAAAUAAAUAAUAUUUUUAAAAGCUCAGAGCUGUAACUUUAAAAAGAGAUUGGUGCAUAUGUUAAUCCUUAAUAAAUAAUAUUAAACUCACAUGUGCGGAGUCUCUCAGACCCCAGAAUUCGAACUUUGCCAUUUAGCUUUCGUUUAUAUUAAAAAAAUAAUUCUUUUCCUCUUCUUUUCUUGUCUUCCCCUAGAUAUCUUAGAUAAAUAUAUACCAAUAAAAGCAAUCAUUAUUAUGUCUAAAAAUGAAUUACUUAAAAACGAAAUCUAAACAAAGUAAAGAAUCUAUAUGUGAGACCUCUCAUUACUUCUCGUUUUUCGACUUUUUCCACGUCAGCGGAUAAAAGUUGGAGAGCAAUCGCAAUAUCGCCUUCUGCGACAUUCCUAUUUUCAAAUCGAGAACUACGCGUAUAUUUGUAAUAAAUUCAUUAAAAUCAACUUUUAACAAUUAAAGAAUUUGAAUACAAUGCCUUUUUGGCCUACCUUCUUAUCGAAAGUUAAAUGGAAAAUUAAAUGGCACCGUUGAGCACAGAGAACACGCUUAAUAUCCUCAUUUCAAUAUUUCUAUAUUUAUUAGAGUUUCGCUUAAACGUUUGUGUGUCCGAUGCGCCCGGUAAUUCCUCGAAGUGAUAUGUACAUAUAGUUAUAAAUGACAUAAUUAAUGUUGGAUAGUUCUAUCUUAGACGCUGCUAAAAUUCAAUUCAGUCACUUGGAAAUGAAAUUUCUCUUCCAGGGGAAAAUUUCUUCAGUUGUGCGUAAAUAUUAAGAAAAUAAAAACGAGUAUUAUAUUUUAGUUCUUUAGGUUUAUACGAUUCGUAAUGGUAAUUAUUUUAGUGCAGAGAUCAAUUUACGAUAGCGAGCGAGUACUUCCGAUUGUAUUUUAUUGCUCGACACAAUACGUAUGUUUUUAAUAGCGUGAAUGUGUUCAAAUCAUAAGCUGUCCUUGAAUUUGAACAUCGUCGCCAUACUUUUAGCGACUGAAACUUAGACAUUUACUAUGUACACAAUGUAUACAAGAUUCAAAGCGUUUAAAUAAAAGCUUAUUUAUUGC